AUGUCGAGAAACGAAAGUGUUGGAAAAGUAAUCGUCAAUGAAAUAAUUGCGUUGGAAAAGGGAGGAAUAAUUAAAGAGGAUAAGGUUACGGACAUGGGUAAAAAAUUAAGCAUAGCGUUGUCUUGGGUUCCACGUGAUUAUGGUCGACAAGGAGAACGGAUGGAUCUGGAAUGGGGAUGUCCUAGGGACAAUUAUAUUAUUGUUUAUAAUUGCACAAAAUAUUAG